GUGAAAAGCCGCCUGGGCCGGUGUGCGAGCCAGUCUGUCCCCCUGCCCGUCGGGAGCAGCGUGUGAGGCCGCGUCCGCUGUUAGACUCGCCCGGCUCCUUCUUCGCCGUGCUUCGUGCCUGCGCCCCCGGAACAGUGACCCCCGACCUGCCCGAGGCCGGCCGGGAUGGGAGUGCAGGUGGAGAUCAUCUCCCCCGGAGACGGGCGCACCUUCCCCAAGCGCGGCCAGACCUGCGUGGUGCACUACACUGGGAUGCUUGAAGAUGGGAAAAAGUUUGAUUCCUCUCGGGACAGAAAUAAGCCCUUCAAAUUUGUGAUGGGCAAGCAAGAGGUGAUCCGAGGCUGGGAAGAAGGAGUUGCCCAGAUGAGUGUGGGCCAGAGAGCAAAAUUGAUUAUCUCACCAGACUAUGCUUAUGGUUCUACUGGGCAUCCAGGCAUCAUUCCACCAAAUGCUACUCUCCUCUUUGAUGUGGAACUUUUAAAAUUGGAAUGACAGGAAUGGUUUCUUCCCCUAGCUCCCUGUUUCUUGAAUUGGACACAUGGAGGAGUCCAGAGUCUCAGCUUCAAGAAGAAUGCACAUGAAUUUGUAUGGAGCUUUUCCCUGAUAUUCCACUACAUUCAUUGUAUAAACAUAUACCCCGAUUGAAUGUGUUAUCACUUGGCUUUGCUUCCAACUCUUCCUCCUUGUACAUGUGUUGUCUCUAAACUAUACACCGUAAACCUCAACUUGUCAAGUCAUUCAUCUUUUUGUUUUUUGGGGUCUAGAUUUAAAUUGAGAUCUUUUGGGUAUAGAUUUAAGAUUAAGUGUUUGAUCAAGCAUUAACAGCACACAGAUGGGUUAACCUUAGAAUAGGAAUUGUUUGGACAAAGAAAAUCUUUGUCCCUUUUAUUUUUUUUUGGAUGAAAUUUAUCUAUUAUGUAUUAAAACAAAUUUUUUUUUUGCUGCUGCUGUAAAGCCAUAGCAGAUCGAGGAGCUAUUGAGGGCUGACAUAUUCUCCAUGUUGAAUGAUUUCCUUGGAGCAUAUCAGUCACCCUGUCCAAAAUGAAGGUGGGGAAGGAGAAGCUGCUUCAACCACCCAACCCUCCUUCCCCUCCCCCUCUUAACCUCUGCCUUUUGAAAGCAGAUAUUUUCAAUGCAGUGUUGGACGCGCCACUUGGUGUCUUAUCUACAGGACAACUUGGGUCAAUAUUAAACCCACUUUGUUGAUGCCUGACUCUUUUUUUCCAUCUUGUGGUUUUCUAAUGGAUUUGGAGGACUUUUUUUAAUCUCCAGUAGCCAUCAAAGCUCCACAACUACCUAAAUUCCAAGAACUUGAAUUGAUUGUUAAAUUGAAGGUGCUGUUUGUAGAAAUUUUCAACACAGUGAAAGCCCAGUCAUCGUCACAGGAAAUCGUUGCGUGUUCUCUAUAAAAAAAAAAACAAAAAACAAAACUGAUGCUGGUCAUCACAGCUUCAACAUCUCCUGUUUUUGAUGCUCAGCUCCCCUACUGCUAAUCUCCCUCCCUCCACCUCCACCUUCUUCUCUCCUACUCCCAUCUCCCUUUUGCUGUCCUGUGUAGUGAUUUGGUAAGAGAAACUGCCACCACCCACUCUCCCUCUACCACAUAUGAGUUUCAAGUUUUAUUAUUGCAAUAAAAUGCUUUAUGCUGGCUUUUCUCAA